GGUGCCGCGGGCGGGGGCGCAGCAGCGCUGCCGCUUGUUGAUCGCGGCGCCCGGCGCCCUCCGCGCCUCCCGGGCCCCGCAGGCAGCCCCGCGUCCGGGCUUGCCGCUGCGCUGCGGGUUGCGUUCUUCCAUUGCAACGUUGUUCUUUUAUUUUUUUAUUUUUUUUUCUCCUCCUCUCCCUUUUUUUUUUUUUUUUUUUUUUUUUUUUGCAUGAAGAUGGCGGCGCCUCUCGCCAGCAAGGCAGGGUCCGCCGGCACCAACAGCAAACCGCCCUUCCCGGAGCUGGAUUUCCGAUCGGGAGCCAGGGUAGAGGAAUUGAAUAAACUCAUUCAGGAAUUCACCAAGCACGACCAGAGGGAGUACGAUGACCAGCGUGCCCUGGAGAUCCACACGGCGAAGGACUUCAUCUUCUCCAUGCUGGGCAUGGUUCAGAAACUUGACCAGAAGCUUCCUGUAGCCAACGAGUACCUGCUCCUUUCAGGUGGUGUGCGGGAAGGCGUGGUGGACAUUGAUCUUGAUGAGCUGAAUGUUUAUGCACGAGGCACAGACUAUGACAUGGACUUCACCUUGCUGGUGCCUGCACUGAAGCUGCAUGACCGCAACCAACCGGUCACGCUGGACAUGCGCCACUCGGCACUGUGUCACUCCUGGCUGAGUCUGCGGCUGUUUGAUGAGGGAACUAUCAGCAAAUGGAAGGACUGCUGUACUAUUGUGGACCAUAUCAAUGGAGCUACCAAUUACUUCUUCUCUCCAACGAAAGUUGCAGACUGGUUCUAUGAUUCCAUUAGCAUCGUUCUCUCUGAGAUCCAGAAGAAGCCUCAGCGAGGGAUGCCAAAGGUGGAGAAGGUUGAAAAGAAUGGGACGAUCAUAUCCAUCAUCUUGGGAGUGGGCAGCAGCCGAAUGCUAUAUGACAUUGUUCCUGUGGUGUCCUUCAAAGGCUGGCCAGCUGUGGCCCAGAGCUGGCUAAUGGAGAACCACUUCUGGGAUGGAAAGAUCACAGAGGAGGAAGUAAUAAGUGGGUUUUACUUAGUGCCUGCGUGUUCCUACAAGGGGAAGAAGGACAAUGAAUGGAGGCUGUCAUUUGCCAGAAGUGAAGUUCAGCUGAAAAAAUGCAUCUCCAGCAGCCUCAUGCAAGCCUAUCAAGCCUGCAAAGCUAUCAUCAUCAAAUUGCUCUCCCGCCCCAAAGCCAUUAGUCCAUAUCACUUGCGGAGCAUGAUGCUGUGGGCUUGUGACAGGCUACCAGCCAACUACUUGGCCCAGGAGGACUAUGCCGCCCACUUCCUCUUGGGUCUCAUUGAUGAUCUCCAGCACUGCUUGGUCAACAAGAUGUGCCCUAACUACUUCAUCCCCCAGUGCAACAUGCUGGAGCACCUCUCUGAAGAAACCGUCAUGCUGCAUGCACGGAAGCUGUCCUCAGUCCGCUCGGACCCCACCGAACACCUCCGAACUGCCAUCGAACAUGUCAAAGCAGCCAACCGGCUAACGCUAGAACUCCAACGGAGAGGCAGCACCACCAGCAUCCCCUCCCCACAGUCAGACGGAGGGGACACCAACCAGCCUGACGACCGACUAGCCAAAAAGUUGCAACAGCUAGUGACUGAGAACCCAGGGAAGUCCAUCUCUGUCUUCAUUAACCCAGAUGAUGUCACAAGGCCCCACUUCAGAAUCGAUGAUAAAUUUUUCUGAGCUUUCGUCGAUGUUUUUGGGGAUUUUUUCCUUCUGUUUCAUUACUUUGAAAUACUUACAGCGUGCAGGUUUUUUUUCAGUUGGUUUCCCUCAAUUACUUAGACUCUUUGUUUUUUUACAUAUCCAGCAUAGAUCAAAUCUGUUGAGAACAAUCUGAAUAAAUUAUAAUUCCUGGUUCUGCAGGACGGUGCAGAUUUUGGAACAAUAUAUUACAAAUUUCAUAUGCUGCUUUUUUUCUUUUUCUUUUUUUCUUUUUUUUUUUUUUUGAGGCACCCAUCUGCAUUUGUGAGUAGUUUCUAAAGGAGAACAUACGUCAUAAACACACAUACCAGUGUUCAAAAGAAUCUUUUUUCAAGCUUCUAUAAUUUAUGUGCACUGUUGGGCCCCUGGAAGGGAGAACUCACUUUCCGCUGUGUAGGAAAUUUGCUUCUUGUUUGUUUUUUUUUUCUCCAUGAGCUUCCAUCACCCUAAAGAAAUGAGAGAGACUUCGGGUUGGAAAGCACUACUGGUAAUCUGAUGAGGCCAAAACUAGUGGGCUGAAGCCCAGUUCAUCUGUUCUUCACACUUUUCCUACCUGGGGAGAACGCUGACUUUAGAGAGAUUGAUGCUUUUGGGAGGAAGAGUUGUUUCUGUUUUGAUCUACUUUUUGAAUGUAAUUGUUCAUGAUUGGACUUUGUGUAGUCCAGAGGGUUGUUUCUGCUGCUUUCCCAUGCGGAAUAAGGUUAUGGAAUGUUAGUUUUAGUGUGUGUAAUUAUUCAAAGCCUUAUUUAAAUUCUAUUAAAGAACAUACCAUUAUAAAUGUUAAUUGCACUAAUGAAAUCUCUGCCAUUACCUCAGUCCCACUGUUUGUGUUUCUUUCAUGAAUUAGCAUCUGUUAUUAGGUACCAGUAUUGCAGAUUGCUCAAGGCCCUUUGGGUCUCAUGGUUUCAGGUGAUUUCUUGAUUGUCUUUUGUAAAAGACUUCCUUGUUAGCCCUGCGAUGUUUGAGAAGUCAGAUUUUUGCAUUGGCAUAUUUCUCUGGAUGUGUAUCAUGUGUUGCAGUGCAUAUUGCAUUAAUAUGUAUUGCAUGUUGUUGAGACAGAUCUGCCAUUAGAUAAGGAUGUAAUGCUAAAGAAGUGGUAUGUGCAAAGUGAAUAGGCCAGAUCUCAAGCAAAGGAGCUGUCUUGCUUCUCUAAUGCAUGUAUUAGGCCUGGUCCUUCAUGGCAUUUACCAUUCCCAUGACUCCCACGGACUUUUCUGACUUACCAUGGGACAUAAGAGAUCUUACUUUGGUCUCCUGUUUGCAGAAAUUGUUUGUAUGUAAAUUUGUAGUGCAACAGUAACAAGGGUUAGUCUGAGCCAAAAAUAAUUCUAAGUAUAAAAAUAAUAUCAAGGAUGAUGAUUCCAAGUUUAAGGAUAGAGUGGCUUUUUUGUGCCUGGCUGGCCAGUGACUGAUAUUUAGGCCUUAAAUCAGCAAUUUGGGCUUAUUGUUUUUCCCAGAGAAGCUGUUCUGAUCCAAACUUGAUGCAUGUUUUAAGAUGUGAUCAUUAGAGCAGGUUGAAGUAUUUUUUACAUACGUGACAGACAAAUGAGGAGCAUAUCCAGUAAAUUCUAACAGGUACAAAUCGUGUAUGAAAAAUGUGUCACUUCUUUCUCCCAGCCUGUCUGGUAAUGAAACCAGGCUGGUAGAGCAACACACCAGCAGCUUUGGAAACUGCAUUGUUUUGUCAGAUGGCAGGGAGGUUUUGAUGCCGAUCUAGCGCUCAAGUCAUAUCUUAAAAUGAAAUUCUGGCUCCUCCAUCUCUCUUAGACAUACUUUCUUUCACUGCUGCGGCCAAGAUGUUCAAAUUUACCUGAAUUUACUGGUACAUAUUUAUACGAGCCUGAAAAAGAUCUCUGAAGUUGUUGGCUAGAUGAAGCAGAUGAGGAUUUAACUUCAAAGCACAGUUGGGAGUGAUGGUGAGCCCUGGUGCAGCUGCAGUUACGGCCUGGAGAAGGACAUGUAUUGACUUCAGUGGAAGCAGAAGUCACUGGCUCCUACCAGUGUGGCUGUUGCCAAAGAUGAGUCUCUACGUAAACCCAUGUAUCUGCCAGCAAAGGCUAAAGGACCAGCUGGGAAUCCUCCCCAGGAGUGCUUGGAAAAUGCAGAUUCAUUGAAAUCAUCUUUUCUCCGGUCUCCAGGACUUCUGUUUGCUGGGAAGAGAGUCUGAGCUCCACGAUGAAAUGUCCCACUGCCAUGUGAGAGAUCUGCUCCGCACAAAGCAGCAGUAGCCUGACAGGCAGAGCCCCUGGGAGCCCCAAUUGUCCGCUCCAGUGCUCCUGAGUUAUGCAGAAAAGCAGCUCUCAGCCUUCCUCAUGCCAGUUCAAUGUCCCAACGACCAGCGGUUUGGCUGGCCCAUGUCAAGCUCUGGUGUGUGCUCCCUUUUUUUUGUUGUUGUUGUUUUGUUUUAAUUAAAAAACAUUUUGAAAAGUAA